GACGCGAGCUCCACGACGCCCGACAGCUCCGGGACGACGGAGUCCGACAAGGAGCUGCACGGCGGCGCCGCGCAGGGUGCUGCCGGAGCCCAGGGGCCGCGGAGCGCCAGCCGCAGCGCGGUGCGCCGGCGGCUGCUGGCUGACCAGGACCUCCCCAGGGCACGUCGCCUUGCCAGAGGCGCCUGCCCGCUACUGGCCGCUGGUCCGGAGCAUCGAGCGGCUGGCGGACCUGCGGCGCAG